AUGGCUGCCAGCACAGUGUCGCCCAUUGCGACUCGGAGUCCCUUCACAUCGAUGAAUCCCACGACAACAGAGCACGACUUUCGCUUCCCGCGAAGGCCUGACGACCACUACGGCGGUACAUCUCAUUCACAGGCGCAUUCCAAGGCCAGCCCCAGCGACCUGCCCGCUGGUCUCCGGGAUCUACGACUCGACCUCUCUGCGGCUCUGUACCCCGAUGCGCACGACGAAUUGCUGAAAAACUCAGAUUUCCCCCCCUUCCAGAAGGCGACCAUGGACUCAUACAAGAGCCCUGAGGAGUUGCAGAGGGAGGACCCUUUGGCGACCCAGGUGUGGAAGUUCUUCAGCAAGACGAAGCACAUGCUGCCAAACCAGCAGCGCAUGGAGAACCUGACAUGGAGAAUGAUGGCCUUCAACCUGCGCAGGAAACAGCAAGAGGAGGAGAAAGCAAGGCUCGCUCGAUCUGCGCCGGCGCCUGCACCACCGCCAGCCGCUACGCCCGCUGCGACGUUCAGUGCCAACCCACCCAGCGGCAUUGCCCAGUUGCGCAAGUCGUCGGAACAGAAUGUGAACCACUCAGACCCCAUGAACCUCGACGAUUUUAUCUUUUCCGACAAUCUUGCGACGCCCGUCACGAACCCUUCGCCUCUGCCGCACAAGCUGGAGGAGAGGAGCCAACACCAGGUGCACUCUUCCUUCUCGUCGGCCAUUCCCAUCAAAUCGCGCAAAGAUCCGGCCCUCCAGCAGCAGUUUGUCCCGCAAUCCGUCCCUUUCCCUCCCCAUCACCAGAGAACCCAUGACGAAUUCAACUACGUUACCCGGCACCACCGCAAAACGAGUAUUGACGAGCGACGGACCCGUAAGCGUCCGGCCGACUUUUCUCCUCAUGUGCCCGCCGUGAACAGCACAACGACAACCACCAAUGACUUGGACACCGACUCGGAGCUGCACGAAUACUCGCUCGAUAACGCCAACGGAUCCAACAUGUCGCAAAAUUCGCAUCAGGCGGGCGUUCCCUUCCCUCUCGAUACCUACAACAUCGAGAACGACCCUAUCAUCACGUCUGCUGGCCCCUUCCAGCAGAACUUCUCCUUCUCGCCUUCCUCCUCUCCCAUGAUAUCCCACGGCCCUUUCUCUACCGCCUACAAUGCAUCUUCGGUUCAGUCUUCCUCUUUGAACCCGUCGGAUUUCUAUUCCCCGCCGGGAUCGGCUUAUCAUUCCACUGUGUCGACGCCGCACCCCAUGCCCGAUAACGACGGUUUCUACUUUGGAUCUAUGGACGUGCGCAGCCAAAGACAGCAGUCUUUCCGGCAAGGCCCUCAGAGCAUCGGCAAUCAAAUGAACGGGCAGUUCAUGUACAACACACAGAAUGGAAACCCCAUGUUCCCGGCAUCAGCACCCGCCGCCGAAUCUGUAUCUGCCUUCAGCGCCGCGCCCAGCCCCUUUGGACACAUCGACCCGACCCAAGUCUUCCAGCCCGAUCACCCCGUCCGCUCCCCUGGCAUGUCUAUGCCCAAUGAAGGCAUGUUCACCUUCGGCGCGGACUCGGACGAGGAGGAUGGUGGUGCCUUUGCGGACCGCAACCUGGUCAUGUCUCAGGACUUUUCGCCUGGUCCCAUGGAUGACAGCAACUCGUUGGGUUGGGAUCCGACCCUGCCAGGUCAGUACAGUACGCAGGCUGCACGAUACCCUGGUGGUCCGCCCCGAAAGCAGGUCACCAUUGGUGGUACCACGACGGAUUACGUCGAAACCAACGAUUGGGAAGGUGGCAGCCUACCGCGGUCGCAGUCCUUCAGGCAAGGCUCCGACAGGAGAGGCGGCAAGGUUCCACGCACGGCUUCGACGCCUGCGGGACAUCUGGGAAGGAAUGGAAACCCAUUUGAUCGAAUGGCACAGUCCACGCCCAACUCUCCACCCGAGAACAACGGCACCGUGUCUGGAUACUCCUCUGUCGCCCCCAGUCGACCCUCAUCCCCACCUGGCUCGAAGCAGGGCUCCACGACCAACCUGCAGGCGGCUGCGGGCAGCCAAGGGGAAGGAAACGCACCUACGACGUGCACAAACUGUUUUACUCAGACAACGCCGCUUUGGCGACGAAACCCCGAGGGUCAACCCCUUUGCAACGCUUGCGGUCUGUUUUUGAAACUCCAUGGUGUUGUUCGGCCGUUGAGUUUGAAGACGGAUGUCAUCAAGAAGAGGAACCGUGGCUCGGGCGCGAGCUUACCCGUCGGCGGCACGAGCACGAGAUCGAAGAAGAGCGCCACAGCACAUGCGUCUGGGCCAGGCUCCCGCAAGAACUCUACUCUUGCCAUCUCCACUCCGGCCAACCACGUCACGACCCCGCCUGCUGCCACUCGGGCCAGCAGCGCCAACGAGGGAGAGAGCCCUGCCAGCGGUGCCGCGUCGGGAGGCAACACCGCCGGCAGCACGCCGACAAGCUACGGGACCGGCUCGUCUACCGGCGCUGCUGCUGGUGGGAAAGGGGUUGUGCCAAUUGCUGCAGCCCCGCCUAAGAACACACCCGGCCCUGGGGCUGCUGCUCUCGCUCGUAAUGUCGGCACAUCCUCGUCUUCUAGCUCCUCGAAGCGCCAGCGUCGUCACAGCAAGAGUGCCGGCAGCGAAGGCGUUGCGAACAUGGACGUUGACAGCCCCGAGACGUCUAUGGGCUCUCCCAACGAGGCUGCGAAAUCACUGGGAUCCGCCACCGGUCUUGCUAGCAUGCCGACAGCUGGCUCACUGGGUUUGGCUAAUGGCUUUGGUAUGACUCAGCGUCCCAUGAUGGGCACAGGCAUGAUGGGGAUGCCCAGCGGCCAGAAUGGCCAGAUGAUGAAUCCUGGUGGUCCAACCUCGGGCCCACAGGAAUGGGAGUGGCUCACGAUGAGUCUCUGA